GGGGCAGCGGAUGAAUGCCCCAUCGUCUUCGACGCCCUCCCCGACGAUGAAGGUCUUGAAGGAAGAGCUGCCCCCUCCGACGUCGACCGCGUCCACCAAGCGUCCUGGCCGAGCUGCGUUCAAGAGGGCUCUUGUGGUCCCUCUGGUAGUCGGUGCUUACUUCCUGGGCAGGCGUUCCUUGUCUUUGAACCCUUCGUGGCCGUUACCUGCCCUGGAGGACGUGUUUGCAGGCGAUGCGAACGCGGACGCGGCCCUGUGUCCUCAGGCGACGCCCCUGGUGCCCGAGAAGCACAGUGAGCUCUGGCAGAGCUUGGGGAGCAGCUACGGGACGGAUGAGUUCUUGAAGAAGGCAGUGGAUAACUUGGGAGGCGCAGUUCGCGUGCCAACGGAGUCCUUCGACAAGAUGGAUGAGGUCGGGAAGGAUCCCCGAUGGGAAGUCUUCGGGCCGUUCCACAACUACUUGCUCAAGACGUUUCCCCUCGUCCACUCUACUCUCUCCCUGACGAAAGUCAACACCUACGGACUUGCGUACGAGUGGACAGGGUCGGACAAGUCCCUGAAGCCUCUGCUCCUCGCUGCACACCAGGACGUCGUCCCGGUCGAUCCCACUACCGUAGACCAAUGGGCGCACCCUCCCUUCUCCGGCUACUUCGACGGGAGUCGCAUCUGGGGCCGCGGCUCCUCCGACGACAAGAGCGGGCUCAUCGGGAUCCUCACCACCCUCGAGACCCUCAUCUCCAAGGGCUGGAAGCCCACGCGCACCAUCGUGCUCUCGUUCGGCUUCGACGAGGAGGCGAGCGGGCUGCACGGCGCUUCCGCUCUGGGCAAGUACCUCGAGGGCGCGUACGGCGAGAACGCGUUCGCCAUGAUCGUCGACGAGGGCGGAGGAUUUGGCGAGCAGAAGGGCGCCGUUCUCGCGGUGCCUGGGAUCGGCGAGAAGGGCUACCUCGACACUCGCGUCGAGGUGACCUCCCCCGGUGGACACUCGAGUAUCCCGCCACCGCACACCACCAUCGGUAUCCUCGCCCAGUUGUUGGUGCAGUACGAAGCCAAUCCCUACAAGGUCGAGUUGAACCGCGCCACACCCGUGUACGGCUUUUUCCAGUGUCUCGCUGCGCACGCCCCACAAAUUCCCUCUUCGCUCAAGAAGAGUCUGAAGAAAUCCGUGAGCUCGGACAAGGCACUGAAGGAGGCGGAGAAGGAGCUCUUCAAGGACCCGAUAUUGAAGAACCUGGCAGGGACCACGCAAGCUAUCGACUUGAUCGACGGAGGUGUGAAGACGAACGCCUUGCCAGAGAGAGCCUGGGCCGUGGUCAACCACCGGAUUGCCACGGAAAGCUCAGUAGCCGGCGCGAAAGCCCAUGACACGGCUCUCUUGAGGGAGCUCGCAAAGCAGUUCAACCUCUCGUACACCGCUUUCGGUGAAACCAUCACUUCGGAACCUUCCUAUGGCACCUUGACGCUCUCUGAUGCUUGGGGAGCUGCCUUGGAACCCGCUCCCAUCACGCCUACCGGCCCCGAUGCAGCAGCAUACCAGAUUCUGAGCGGCACAAUUAAGGCCACCUACAAUACGCAUCGUUCCUUGAAGGAUGACGGCAUCGUAGUUGCCCCGGGUAUCAUGACAGGAAAUACUGAUACUCGAUAUUACUGGAAGUUGACUGAGAAUAUCUUCCGAUACAAUCACCACAACCAGGGCUCCGGCAAGGCACUUUCAGGUGUUCAUACCGUCAACGAGAGCAUCCCGAUCGACGCCUUCAUUGAAAUGAUCCGAUUCUUCACCACUCUGAUUCUCAAUGUGGACGAGUCGACGGCGUUGUAAAAAAGAUCUGGAAGUCGGGAUCUCCAUGUAAUAUAUGGUCUGUCGAUCAUACGCCUUUGAUUAAACACUGUUGUACAACGUCAUGCCUUGCGUUUUCACUCUCCUCGGAAGAUGAACCUUCUUCUCUGGGUGACUCAGAAUACUAUUUGGCAUUACACUACUGAUACAAUCAUGCAAAGGAAUCCAUAGAAUGUACAAGUGUUUCCUCCGUGCCUUCAGUGUUACCUGCCAACUUAAGAGAGUUUUGUCGACCUCGAUGCGGUGG